AUGGAUCGUUCGCCGCACAAUACUUCUGUCAAAAUCAAUGCCUCGAUUCAGCGCAAGGUCCUACAGCACCACAUCACUCCAGGAAUGCAGGAAGAAAGCCGGCACAUGAAAGAUAUCAUUACAGCUCUGGACAAUUGUAUCUCGAAGGAAGAGCGAAUCAGUGAAAUGAUGACAAACACUGGAACAGACAAAGCAGCUACCUACUUAAGGAAAACUAGGAUCCGUGGAAAUGACAACUCCGCGGCACCAUGUUUGCUCUGUAACGGUACAAACCACAGAACAGCCACAUGUGACAAGCAACUCCGUAACACAAAGGCGAAGGUUUUUCCAACAGUCUGGUAG